UCCCAUCACGGUGUGAACGACAGCUGCUUCACCCUCCGCAAACCACAACCACCACCACUACCCACCCCCCCACCCCAUUCUACUCCUCCUCUUUCUCUCUACGUGUGUGUUUGUGUGUGUGUGAGUGAGUGUGUGUGCAGGCAGGAGGAAGCACCAAGGACGUCCUUUUUUUUCCAGCCCCGGGAGCCGGAGAUGCGAGGGACGAGCAGUUAGAUUAGCCUGUGCUGCUGUUGCCUGCUGCAGGAUAACUUGGUUCCGGAGGGUGCUGCAGCUGAAGCUCUGCUCUCUGAUCCUUGUUUGGUGUGUGAGUGUGUGAGGAGGAUUUCAGCCAGUCGCCGGACGGAGAUCUGGCAACAAAGGACUUCUACUUUUCCGCGUCUAUUGAAUGUAACAUCGCUCGGAUAAGGAAGGCAGGGAAUUAAAAGCCAUCAUCAUGAAUUUCGUUAUGAAACAAGCGUUGGGAGGGGCCACCAAAGACAUGGGCAAGAUGCUCGGUGGGGAGGAGGAGAAGGAUCCUGAUGCUCAGAAAAAAGAGGAAGAAAGGCAAGAGGCGCUGAGGCAACAGGAGGAGGAGAGGAAGGCCAAAUAUGCAAGAAUGGAGGCAGAGAGAGAAAACAUCCGACAGGGCAUCAGGGAUAAGUACGGCAUCAAGAAGAAGGAGGAGAAGGAAGCUGAGGCAGCGGCUGCUAUGGAGCAGGCCUCCGAGGGCAGCCUCACCCGUCCCAAGAAGGCGGUUCCCACCGGCUGCGGCGACGAGGAGGAGGAGGAGAGCAUCGUGGAUACGGUCAUGAAGUUCAUCCCGGCUCCGCUCAUGGAUAUGUUCAAUAAAAAGUAACAGUGUUUCGGGUGAAAUAUGAUUAACUUAUUAUGACGUUCAUCUAACCAAUGCCGUACCACCCUGCCCCGCCCAAACCUGCAGUCACACCUUUCUUCACCCCCCUCCCGCCCCUUCAGCCCAACUUCUAAGUGUCCUGGAAAUGUGCAUUGUGUCAUCACUUUGCCCUUGAGUUGUAAAAUCUGAUCUCUGACGGUGGUACUUACUUUUUAAUCUCUCAGAGCAGAGCAUCUCUCUUGAGAACCUGUGAUUAACUAUUUUAAAAAGUACCUAACACCUGCACAGAUCCAGUGUCUUCAAGGCAAAGUGAUGCCAUGUUUUCAAAAUGUUCAGCACUUAGAAAAAGACCAGAGAUCAUUCAUUAUCCACCCUUUUUGUUUGUAAAUAGCCUCCAGUUAUAAAAAAGAGAACUAUAUAUGAGUGAAAUAUGACAUAUAACAAGAUAACUAAGAGUAUAAGCCAUAUUUUUAACUUUUAAGAAAUUAUCCAAAUCAUAUCAAAAUUUGAUUGAAUUUUCCUGUUAUGUUCUUGCUAAUAUUUGAUACAUACAAUGUAUAUAAAUACUACAUUUUUAUUGGUUCUCCGUUGUGAGGAUUCACCCCAUAGACUGUCCCUCAUGUUCUCAUUGGUUUACUGUGAGUGUGUAAAAUGAGCACUGGUGAGGUCAAAACAACAUCUGUGAAACCAGAAAGUGAAAGUGAAGGAAUUAAUCAUUUGAAAUGAGACUUUUUGUUUUUUGUUUUGUUUCCUUUUUUUUAAGCAUGCAGUAAACUUUGGUGAAGUGACGUACACAUAUGGACACCAUCUUAUUUGUUAUGAUGAAGCGAAAUACAUUGAUAUUUGAGGCAAUAACUGGUUUUCCAUUUUUAUUUAAUUGACAUCUUGUUCACCAUGUACAGUAGGUGAUAACUGAUUCUGUGUCUGAAAUGUUCUUCCAUGGGGAAAACUAUAAAUGUUCUCCAUACCUAGAGUUUGUCUCAAAUCAGUUAAAUGAAAUUCUUACUAUAAAUUCACUUGCUAUACAUGUUUGUGGUUUAGAAACUCAGUUUUAUGUGGCAGGUGUCGCUCGCUCUGCUUUUGCAAUAGGACGUGUAAAAGUUUGACCAGGCUAGUUUGAGUUUCAUUUUGAUUUGUGUUAUCAUUUUUUUUCUUUGUUAAAAACUUCACAAACACAACUAUGUUGUGAACACACUAUAUGUGAACAGACAGUGACAAUAGUGCAAUAUAUCGUUCGAAAUGAAGUUGUCCUGUGUCCGUUGGUUUAACUGAUGGGAGUGAAGUCCCAAAUCAGCAAUAACAGACAAUCUUCAUUGUUGUGUGUUUAAACUUACUCCUUAAUGUGUUAGUCGUUGUUAAAGACACAGAUGUGUCUGCAUAGUGACAGUGAAGCGUUUGUAGGUCAAACAUAUUUGAUUAAAAAAGAGAAAAGGGGGAAGGUGGGAUGAUUUGUUUCAUGUCGUAAAAACUGUUCAGUCAUGUCACAGAAUUACGAGCUACAAACAAGAUUUGUGCUCAGAAUCAAAAACCAAAAGGUAAAUCAAACUGCAGGUUUUCAGAGGCAGGCAUUAGCAUGAACACUCCAUGACCUUACAACAGAAAAUGUUUACCUAUCCUACAGACUCCAGCCUGUCCUGCAGGUAAAUGAGUGUUAAUGGCACAAAUUUAAAGGGGAUCAUAUGAGGAUAAAAUCAGAAUUUUCUCCAUAUGCCUUGUUUUUUGUUUUCUUAUUUCUCUUUCAUUCCACAGUGUCUUGUUAAAACAUUCCAGAUAUUUCAGACAUUCCACCAGACUUGUGCUGGUAACACACAAACAUGGAUAUUUACAGUAGGCUUUAGUCAAUGCCUUGUUAGCCUACAAGUACAUCACAAUGACUAAUUUAAAUCUGAUGUUAUUAUAAUCCAAAACAGAUGCUAGAGGGAAUCUAUGGAUAUACAAAAAGAUUCAAAACACGACCAAGUAAUUGCAGAGUUGUUUUAGCUGCCAUGUACAGAAAAAAAAUCCCACACAAAGCCUAAGGGAAAACAUAAAUGUGCUAUUAGCAGUGAUCAGUUAAAUCUUGUGAUAAGUUUUGUUAGAAAAUGUUUCUGUGAUCCACAUGCACACAGUAGCUGUAGGUGUAAUUAAGGUUUUCUAAACCAACUUUUUUGCUACAUUGCCACUGUUUUUAUUAAGCUAGCUAAACAUGAAGUAACAUUAAUUCUGAACUUGUGCAUUCCUGUGGCAUAGAUGAGGAAAUUAAGCUUUUAUCAGCGCUUUGUGAGCGAUGUAAUCAUGUUGAAUAUAUUUAAAAAAAAAAACAUCCAAGGACACAUUGUGGUAAGGUCACCUGUAGAGCACAUUUAAUGAACUUCCUGUGAUUUUAAUGUACUUGUAAACUGCCUUUGCCGGCCUCUGUUCAAACAGUGUGUUAGCAAAUAGUUAGCAUCUGAUUGUUAUGGAACCAUGCAUCAGCAACUCAGAUCCAUCAUCAGAGCAUUAUCCAAUCAAACCAAAGAAUAGUGCUGGUAGUAGUAGACUUAGACAAGAGGUUUCAUUCUUAUUUAGUUACUACAUAUCUUAUUUAUUUUGAAAUUCUCAGGUAUUCUAGCUUUAAGUUGUAAUAGACGUUUCAACCAUAACUAGCCUUCUCUUUGAUUGAAAUUGAACCGUUUCAUUGCCAGAGGCCUAGCAAGCCUGAACCAACUUUUAUUUCUGGAUAACAUAUCUCUUGUUUGGCCCAAGAAUAUUCUAGAAAGCUACGAUUACUGCCCCUGUAUAGGACUUUCCCAGCAACAUACACUUAGCAAACAUCAUCAGUGUGUGCUGUCCUUCAGGCUACCAGUACUGGUGUGGCCUGAAACCAGAUCACCCUUCACAUCUCAUCCACUGACACCAUCAUAAACCCAUUUAUCAUGAUCAUUUAUCAUUAGCCAAUUGAUUGCGCUCCAAAUGGCUUAUAGACCACUGCCCAAACAAACUGCCCAAGUCAUGUAAUCAAUAUGCUGUCGUCCAGUAGAUGCCGCGUCAGAAACCCACUUCAGUUUGAAGUCUCUCAUACAACCAUUAAUAUGGUAAAAAUAAAAAACUGCCUGAAAAAUAUGCCAUUUAAAAAAAUGACUCCUUUGAUGUGACUUGAAUGUAAGUGUCUGAUGUUUCUCUCUCCUUGCAUCUGUCUUUCUCUGUUCUGUACGUGUUGAGAAGAUGCUUACUCUGGUGCAGUAUUUUUCUCUUUUCUCUCGUCUGUAGCCGGUCCUGUUUCUGUCUUCUGGUGUUUGGUAUUUUGAGAAAAAACAAAACAAACAAACAAAAAAAAAACAUGUUGAUUUGGUGCAUUCUUUUGUACUGCGAAAUCUUCUCACCCUUCUCCCUCCUUCUCUCUCUCUCUCUCUCUUUCUAUCUCCCUAUUUGUUGACAAAAUGUAUGCAUGCUUAUGGUGUGCGAUGUAGGCAAGGUUGUUGAUAUACUCGUUUCGUGUCCUCUCUGUGUUUCAAAGCUCCACCUGUUAGCCUCACUGCAUGCCAUUUUAGACAGAUAUUUCAGUCUGUAACUUUCCUGCAAAAAUGGAAUCACCACACACUCUGAGAAUAAAGUGAUUUCAUAUAA